CGUAAUUUCUAUGCAAUUGUUGUGCAAAACACAUGAGAAGUGUUGAAAUUAUGGCCGCAUUUGUCGGUCGCUUGCGUUCAAUGACUUCUGCGGUCAACAGAUCCUCGCAUCUGAACCGCAGACAACUCAUCAAUCAAUUCAAUCGCCUCAAGAGUAGCACCAACUCCACCACACUCUCAUCCGAUGCCAAUCAGAUCAGUCAGACAUCACUAUCACAGCCAUUACCAGGUUUUGCUAAACCAUUGUUCGCCACAAUCACUACCGAAGACAAUGAGACAAAGGUGACGACAAUGAGUAAUGGACUUCGUGUGGCCUCACAGAACAAAUUCGGUCAGUUCUGCACCGUUGGGGUUGUCAUCGACUCGGGCUCGCGGUAUGAAGUGUCCCAUCCGUCAGGCAUUUCUCACUUCUUGGAGAAGUUGGCCUUCAAUUCGACGGUAGAUAACGUGAAUAGGGAUCAGAUUAUGCGAGCGCUCGAGAAAUAUGGCGGUAUCUGUGACUGUCAGGGCUCGAGGGAUACCAUGAUAUACGCCGCUUCUCUCGACUCGAGAGGUCUGUCACCUGUGGUCCACAUGUUGUCGGACGUCGUAUUGAGACCUCAUAUAACACCCGAAGAGUUGGCGUUUGCUAAACAGAUAAUUGAGUUCGAGUUGGAGGACAUAUCUAUGAGACCGGAUCCCGAGCCCAUACUCUUCGAGCUCAUCCAUGCGGCCGCUUAUCGUAGCAAUACGUUAGGGCUUCCGAAGCACUGUCCGCGAGAGUCGCUGUCACUCAUCAAUCGGAACGUCAUAUUUGAUUACUUGCGGACGUAUCACAUCCCGAAGCGAAUGGUGUUGGCGGGUGUAGGUGUAGAUCACCAACAGUUGGUCCAAUUAGCUGAACAGUAUUUUGUAGAAACCAAACCCAUUUGGACUCUCGACUCAACCAUUGUGUCCAACAGUGCGAACGCACCAGAAGUGGACGAAUCGAUAUCGCAAUACACGGGAGGAGUAGUGACGGUUGAGAAGGACUUAUCUAAUGUGAGUUUAGGACCGACGCCUAUACCAGAAUUGGUUCACUUCGUGUUAGGUUUGGAGAGUUUUAGCCAUCAGGACCCCGAAGACUUCAUCCCCGUGUGUGUCCUCAAUAUGCUGAUGGGCGGCGGCGGCUCUUUCUCGGCCGGUGGGCCCGGAAAGGGAAUGUAUACCCGUUUGUACACUAAUGUCUUGAAUCGUUACCAUUGGAUGUAUAGCGCGACUGCUUAUAAUCACGCGUACAGUGAUUCGGGUCUGUUUUGCAUCCACGCCUCAGCCCACCCCUCAAAGCUCCGGGAUAUGAUUAACGUAAUAAUUGGCGAAACAAUUCAUAUGAGUCGCUGUACCGAUGAUGUGGAGCUAAAGCGGGCCAAAACGCAACUCAAAUCAAUGUUAUUAAUGAAUUUAGAGGCCAGACCUGUCAUGUUUGAGGACAUUGGGCGCCAAGUGUUGGCCACCGGUCAUCGCAAAUCUGCUCAUCAUUUCAUCGAUCAAAUUGAUAGAGUGACUGAAGAGGACAUCAAGAGAGUGGCCUCCAAAGUGUUGCGAAGUCGUGCCUCAGUGGCCGCGUUGGGAGAUCUGAAACAAUUGCCGCCACUCGAGGACAUCGAGACCGCACUCAAUAGCAAAGAUGGACGCAUCCCUCAGAGGUUUACCCUUUUUAGGUAAUGACAUACUUGUAGUUUAUCUGACGUUUGUAUUCACAUUCAAUUCAAACAAUAAAAUCUU